AUGGGGGUGACAGUCGCUGCUUUCACCAACCUAUCAAUCCAGACCGUCUUCUGGCAACAAAUAACCGUCGAUCUUGACGUGAGCAUCGCCCAGCUUAGCAACGCACAGUCAGCUCAGCUUGCAGGCCUCGCAACCGGCUGCAUCUUCUUCAUUCCUUUCACUAUCAAGUACGGCCGACGACUCACAUAUUUGGUCUCAACGGCCAUUCUGGCCGCUGCCGCUUGGUGGACAUCGUCGAUGCACUCAUACGCAGAGUUGAUAGUCACAGCAGUUAUAACUGGCUUGGCUGGAGCGAUCAACGAGACCGCAGUCCAGAUGACAAUUGCCGACCUCUUUUUCGUACACCAGCGAGGCUCUGCCAAUGGCCUUUACUUCAUCGCCGUCAUGGCGGGUAGUUUCCUCACGCCGCUGGCUGCUGGCGUGCAAGCCGUUUCUCAAGGAUGGCGGUGGUCAUACUACGCUCUUUCUAUCGCGCUCACGAUUCUCUUCAUCAUGUUCAUCUUUCUCUACGAAGAAACGAAAUACGUGCCGAUUACCGUCGGCCAGAGCGAAGAGAUCGAAACAGAGCCCACGGAUAUUGACAACGGUCUAACCAAGAUCAAGAGCACGGAGAAGAGCGGACUCGAACUCAACUACACACAGUCGAACGUUGACCGGACUAUCCGCAUGAACACCUAUCGCGAACGCAUGCGCCUAGUGACCCCGACUUCGGAAUCCCUUCUGCGCGUCUUCAUUCUACCCCUACAUGUGAUCACGCUCCCUCAUGUCCUCUUCACCGCCCUUCAGUUCGCGUCAGGGGUUUGCUGGCUGGUGUUGUUCAUGUCUGUUGUAUCAGUGGUCUUCUCUGCCCCUCCCUACAACUUCGACACUGCUGCUGUGGGGUAUAUGACACUUGGGCCGUUCGUGGGGAACAUCUUUGGCAGUCUCUACGGCGGACCAUUUGCUGACUGGGCCGUCCUUCGCCUGGCGAAGAGAAACGGUGGUCUUUUUGAGCCUGAGAUGCGACUUUAUCCUCUUUUCCUACCGGUAAUCACCAUGGCCGGAGGAAUCGUUAUGUUCGGAGUUACAGCAGACAGGGGGAUGCAUUGGAUCUACCCCAGCAUCGGCGGGGCCUUUUUCGCCUUUGGGCUGGGCGCCAACGGAGACAUCACCUUCACGUUGCUUAUCGACACCUACCGAGAGCUUACCGCUGAGGCUUUUGUGGGCGUGGCCUUCAUCCGCAACGCCGUCAGCGUUGGUGUUCCCUCUGCUCUCGUUCCUUGGAUGUCGAGCAUGGGUCUCAGUAACAUGUACAUCCUCAGCGGGGCGAUUGCUUUGGUUAUUGGACUCCUGUACGUGCCGAUGAUUAUCUGGGGCAAACGGAUUCGAACGGCCCUCGCGCCCCGGUACUGGCGACUUGUGGAGAAACGCAUGAAGAUUUAG